ACCCCCGAGCCGAACCCCCGGGCGGGUCAUGGCGGGGAGCGGCGGAGCCGGGGCGGCCCCGCGGGAGCACCGCCUGCAGCCCGGGGACACCCUGCCGGGGCUGGCGCUGCGCUAUGGGGUGACGAUGGAGCAGAUCCAACGAGCCAACCGCCUCUACUCCUCGGACACGAUCUUCCUGAAGCCCACCCUGCUCAUCCCGGCCCCUGCGCGCCCCCCGGGGCCCUUCCCGGGGCACCGGGAGCGGGACAUUCCCGGGGACAUUCCCGGGGACAUUCCCGGGGCCGUCCCGGUUCCCCCCGGUCCCUCCCGCCACGAUCUCACGGCCUCGGAUUUCCUGCGGCGCUUGGACGCCGAGAUCGGCCGCUCCAAAGAGGCGGCGGCGCAGCGGCUGCAGAGCCAAAAUACCAGCCCCGCGUCCCCUCGGGGGGCUCGGCUGGGUCCCUGUCCCCUCACCAGGACCCCGCGGGCGGCCGCGCUCAGGGACGCCGAGGAUGAGAUCUUCACCUUGUGA